GUUCCCGGACUAUCUGUAUUCCAUAAUGACUACAUGCCCUAUUUCUUAUGCUGCAAAUUUGCCGAUUUCCGUUGUCAAAUGUUCUACUGGCGCCGGCCUUCGUCAGCUUGUCAGGAAUACCAGCCUCCCGCUACAGGUCAAGUCUCCGGUACCGGUGUAUUUAACACAAUCGACAAUGACAAGUUCAUUUUCAACGAGCCAGGGGUGUUCAACUUCCUUUACGUUCCGAAAACUGUACGCACACCAGAGGUGCGCGUACAGAUACGCAUGGAACGAUAUCCGAAUAGAAAGGUCGAUUUUGGCUUGCUUGGGCGCUAUAUCGCGCAGUCAGAACUUGUACAACCUACAAAUGCGACGGAGUCGUCAUUGAAGCCACCGGAAGCGACCGUGUUUACGUACUGGCCAGAAAAGACACUAGACGUUUCCGCUACCGUACCGACGUUAUUGUCGGGAAUAUUCUGCGAUAUUUUGAUACGAUCAGAUUGCAGAGAUUCGACGGUACGGUAG